UACAAAUUGAGAGUCUGCAUACACAUGCAUGCACAUGAGGCGGGGCAGGGGUGUUCACAACGCUUAGUAUUGUUGCAUCGACCACAACAGACUCUUUAACCUACAUUAACAUCGCUUGUUGGAACCACAGAAUCUUUUAAAGCAGACUGUCACUACCUCAGUAUGCGUCUGAAAGAUCAGUUGUCAGGAUGCUCGUAUAUCGAGGCUCUAGUGCGGAAAGCCACUUCCGAUAAGCCGUUCCCACCCAAACGCGAGCACUUAAGGGAAAUCAGUGGGGCCACGUACAAUCCAGAUGAUUCACAGUUGGUGAUGAUCAUGGAGACCUUGCUGCAACGAUAUAGAGAGGAUAAGGGGUAUUGGCGUCAUACAUACCGAGCUUUGAUCGUACACGAAUAUUUGAUUAAGAAUGGGUCCGCGAAGUUUGUAGCUCUGUCGCGCAAGUAUGAAAGAUUUGUUACACCACUGGCCGCAAAUGGACCUGUAGAUCCCCAAGCAAUCAUCAAUCCUCUGGAUAAGAAAAAGGUUAUCGAUAUGUCAAAACGAUUACUGAGAUGGCUGGACAAUCCCAAUGAAUUAGAGGCCGCCCGUGCGAAGCUCCAGAACAACAAAAGUGGACACGGUAGCAGAGGCUCGAACCUUGGAGAUGACGCGUACGACAGGGAACUUCAGGAGGCCUUGGCGCUCAGCAAGCAAGAAUUCGAGCAUUCACAGGUCAAGAAGGCUUCGAAACAAGCCGCACCUACGGGCGACGGCGACGCAGAAAUGCAAGCCGCUCUCGCACUCAGCAAGGCCUCGUAUUUGCAAAACCAGACGCUGAUUGACUUUGGGGAUCCCGCCGGCAACACACAGCAGCCAGCAGCUUUUGAUCCAAUCAUGACCGAAAGCAAAAACAUGUUGGGACAAUUGAAAACCCAACAUAGUUCUUCAGGUGCACAUCAAAAUGUAAACAAUCUCGACAUCUUCAACCUGGGAUUUAACAGCCAACCCAUACAAAACCAACAACCGCAACAGCAGCAACAAUCAAACGAUCCCUACGCUAUCUUCAACAACGUGUCUACCGCUCAGACCACCUCUGUGUUUGGAGGAUCCGACCCGUUCGCCUCGAACAGCACGCCGGCUCAACAGCCACCAGCGAACAACAACGACCCCUUCGGAUUGGGCUUCACAUCCGCUCCACCUUCACAGCAGCAGCAGCAGUCGUCGGUUAUGGACUCCUUCGACCCGUUUGCACAGCCCACAAGUACCCAGGCCGCUCCGAGUAUCAUGGGUAUGGGUAUGAGCAUGUUUGGAGGUGCGCAAAUGGCGGCUCCCGCCCAGGGCAGUUCCUUUGGUACCCCACAGGCGCAGCUGACGGCUCAGCCUCAGUAUUUCGGAAACGGCGGCAUGUCCUUCGGCGGCGGCUCUCGCAACCAGUCACCCACGCCUGGACAACAAUCCAUGGGCAACACUAUGGGUAGUAAUAUGGGCGGUGGACUGGAUCCAUUUGGCGGGUCUAGUACAACCAGCCAGCCCCCGAGUGUGGGAGGUGGUGGAUUGGGUGUACCGAACUAUGGCGGAGUGAGUUUUGGCGGCGGAUCGCCCAUGCCGACUGGUACAGACCCGAAUGACCCCUUCGCAUCGCUGGGAGGGGGCGGGGCACAACCAAACGCAAUGCAGCAGCAACAGCCACAGCAGUCGGAAUCCUAUAAUCCCUUCGCCUAAGCCCGUGGGCAACAAAAGCCUGUGCUUUUGCGUUCGAACUAUUACGAUCCGACAUAUCUAAAUAAAGUGUGUUGGCUAUGGACCA